UAAUCGGGUGGCUUUUGGAUCGCUUGUUUCCACCCCACCUUUCGGGCGUGCGACUCGGUAAUCCCAGAUCCGCUUCCAUUUGGCGUCCUGUGCUGCACCCCACUUCCCCCACCACAACAUCUCCGUAGACACAUAUAGAGACAAUUCAGCAUGUUCCGCCCACAGUCCCAACCCCGGCAUCGAAGCUCCCCACCAUGACAACAAUGCCCCCGCCGACAUCGUCACCGCUGCUCACGCACAUUCUUGCCUUCCUCCGGCCACAUCUCACCUCCCUCCCCGAGCGCACCACCCCGCUAUUCAUCGCACUCUCGGGCCCCCAAGGCAGCGGUAAAACAACCGUAGUGACGACCCUAGCCUCCGUCCUCCGCAGCGCACCUUACUCGCUCUCCGUCGCCGUCCUCAGCAUCGACGACCUCUACCUCACCAAUGCGCAGCAAACCGCGCUUGCCGCCUCGAAUCCCCACAACCCGCUGCUACAGCACCGGGGCGUGCCCGGAACCCACGACCUUCCCCUCGCGCGCAGUGUCUUCUCGGCGCUGAAGAACGGCUCGGAGGUGACGCUGCCGGUCUACGACAAGAGUGCAUUCUCGGGUGCCGGAGACCGUGCUGAGGCCGGCGAAAACGUGCCGGGCCGCGUCGACGUGGUGCUAUUCGAGGGCUGGUGCGUCGGCUUCCGUGCGCUCGCCCCAGACGAGCUCGAGGCAAGACACACGCGUGGUACGGGAGUCGUCGGGAAACAUCUACUCGAGAACCUGGUGGCUAUGAACACGGCCCUAGAGGGAUACGAUGAAAUCACCGACCAACUCGAUGUCCUCAUCCACAUCGACGCCGAAUAUAUCGACUACGUCUACGCGUGGCGGCUGCAGCAGGAACAUGCCUUGCACACGGCGACAGGGCGCGGUAUGACCGACGAGCAGGUGGUGGCCUUUGUGGAUGGAUAUAUGCCCGCGUAUGAACUCUACGUGUCCGCACUGAGGCAGGGCGCGUUUAAGGAGAGGGGAAGGCACUUGAAGGUGGUUAUCGGGCGGGGAAGAGAGGUUGUGGAGGUUGUGGAGAUGUAGGGGGAAUGGAUGAGAAUGGCGGGAGGGAAUCGGGGAAUCGGGGAACAGAGGGAUUGUUUCCUAGGUU